AUGCUGCCUGAGGGAAUCUUCGGGGGUCUUACGGCCUUGGAAGAACUGUACCUGUACGACAACGAGCUCACCACGCUGCCUGAGGGAAUCUUCGGGGGUCUUACGGGCUUGGAACGGCUGUUNGGCCAGGCAUGCGUUGGCCCGAAGUAGCGGGCAAUAAUAAUAGUUUCCCGACAUGGCACACUGUUUUGGGUGCCCCUCUUGCAGUAUAUCUCCUAUAUCUCAAGCCCCUCCGGUUCUACUGAAAGUCCUCUCUUUCCCUCGUGAGAUUGUCAUGGUUCUGUGGAUUUCCUCCCAGGCAAAAGUAUGGUCCUAUACUUGGAUUACCAUUUUCGCUCUACCUGGAACACCAUCGGCGCGGUGCUGCGGCAAUGAUUUGUUGCUGUGAUAGGCGAUGGCUCCUCACCAAGUGUUCGUAUCGUUAUUGGCCACCAUGCUAACCUUGUUCCUUCCCCAACGUAUGAUCCGUUGUUGCAUCUGCCGCUCUCGUCCGGUCAUGCGCCGGCAAAUCUCGUUCGGUACCUGAAUUUUAGGCUCCUGGAGGGGAAUUCUCUGGAGUGCUUGCCUUCAAAUGAACUGUGAGGAACGCUUAAAAAGCAUGGGUCUAUNUGGACCCUAUCGCGUAAUGGCGGAUCCGGCCCGCAUCACGUAGAUACCGAGCACGCCUGUUGUUUGCCGCUGCUCGCGAUAUGGGACGGAUGCUUGUUACUACGAUAACCAAUUGGUGUUGAUGCAGGUACCCUAAAUAGAAACGUGAUUCGUCGAACACUACAAUAGUCUUGAGCUACCGCGCUGGCCAAGUUGUUCUGAUUUCGCACGCGUGUUGCGUGGACUCUGAGCGCGUCUAAAUAAUGCAUUGCAUUGAUACCCCGGUCGGUACCCUCGAAACCUUCUAGAGGUCAGGAGGGGAGCGUAGAGUAAACGGCACUAGUGCUGUGAGCGCUGAUUUGGAGUGCAAAAAAACAAAUUUUGCGUGUAACCGUCAAAAAGGAGAGUUUUACCGGUAUUCUCGCCUUAUUUGCUUCAACUGUCUGUAUAGCGAGACCUGUGUGACCUCUUUUGCGCACUUCGCAGGGUGGAAGUUGAUGAUGAUGCCUCGUUAUCUGCAGACGGGCUCCACGUUGAUGCAUACGGUGACGAAUGUGGUGAGUGUCUUGCUGACAACGGUGUACCGAUGGGCUUGGGGCGGAUAGGUGCUCACCGGUAGCAUGUUGCUUUUGCUGCGUCCCAGUUUGCCCCACGAAGGUACCGGGUCGACCAGUAGCAGUUUGCGCGGGAUUUUGUUUUUCGCUCCGUUUCCCAUUCAAGGCACGAUAUGAUCGACAAGAGAUGCAGCGUUGAUUGAGCUCAAACCUGGCUGUUCCAUACUGUUUGACGGCUCGUACUCGGUGCAGGCCUCUGCGCGAGACUGAUGUCGAAGGUAACCGUCGGGCGAGUGAUGGAUUUAGGCAUACUCAUUUUGAGAAAUAUGUGUUGCCAUCGCUCUCCCUGAGUGGCACUAGGGCUUGUACCUUCAUGUGCAAUAUCCUCGAUGCGCCCCCAAACACUGAUGUUCUUUGAACGUUUUCAGGGUGCUCUAUUGAGGGCGUAGUCGACAACGUGUGUGGCGAAGAAAUUUGCACACCCGGAGAUGAAGGGUACACGUGUGGUGAGAGAAGACAGGCCCGAAAGGCAACUCCGUAGUAAAUUAUCGUUCAAGUUGCUCCUCUUGAUCGAGGGGCUUGGGCAGUAAGGAACUGAUACUGUCCAACACUGAUAGUCUAGAUUCAUCACACGAGGUGCUUCCCGAUGUCUCGAGAUCAGCUUAACCGACCGCAAACCCAUUCAUUACUGUAAAUGACCUCAAGAAGUUAUUUCAACGGACUAAUUAUUCUUCCAACUGGUUGAGUGCACGAAACCGUACCACCAAGGGAUGGUGGUCUGUCAUUCUUCCCUUGUUGGCUUGGCUUUCCGCUUUUCCGGCUGGAGGAAUGUAGGGUUAAGCAUGAAUAACUGGCGAAGCUCUCGAUUGUCUAAACGUCUAACCUCAAAUUCGUCUUUCAAUACCCGCCAACCUGGCACUCGCUGCAGCGGCC